AUGGGCCCGCCAAGAGUACAGUUCAUUGUCCUAUCAUCCAAUAGCCCUGAAGAGGCUGCCAGAUCAGCUUCAAAGCAACGGAAACUGGUCCACUCGCACGCUGCUCGCACGGCGCACGCCAAGGCAAGGCGUCUCCGAACAAUACACUACCAAGCCCAGAAAGCCUCCAUCAAGCAAAGUGGUUCAGUCGGAGAUUGCAUCGAGCAAGGCCCCCUGAAGGAACUUCCCAAGGCCCAGCUGGUGAGCCUUCUGUCAGCGGAUCGAAGCGAUCCCUUCAUGAGCUUUGCGACACCCUUGAAACGUAUUGAGGAAAUGUUAUUUGAUCACUGUUUUGUGAGCGCUUGA